AAAAUUACCAUUUCCUUCUAAAUUAUUAUUAUUUUUUCUUAAUAUAGCAAAUUGAAAAAGUUUUAGGUUAUCGGUUCAUUACCCUUAUGAGUGCAAACAAUUAUUGCGCCCGACAACCUCCAUAUUCCUGCUGACAUAAAAAUUGUUGUCUGCUUUAGUUGUUUUAACAAGGCCAAAGUAGAAAUGUAUUGUAGGAAACCUGAAGAGAUUGACUUGUGCCUAGACAAUUGAAACCAAAAAGAAAAAGAAAAAAAAUGCAAUCUAAUAUAUAGAAACUUUAUAUAAUUUUUUGGAAAGAACUUCCUAUUUUGGGGGAGAGCAGUAAAUAAGGGUUGAGAUUGUUUUUCAUUCAACAGGGAAGGUUGUGAUUCCAGACAGAAAGGCGGCAACAUAUCUGUCUAUGGUUGGAUUUUGUGACACGAGAAUGGACCUAGACAGUAACAUUAAAUAUGGAAAUGCCAUGUACUAUCCAGCACUGUCGAUGAUGGCUAGUAAAGCAGUUUAUAAUAAUGCUGCUUAUACAGAAACCAUUGUAAAGGGUCAUUGGCAGAUGGAGCACUUGGGAUUUGAAGAUUAUUGGAACGAUUUCCUACUAACAAUCGAUACACAAGCCUUCUUGUUUCGAGAUAAAAGUGAUGACCGUGACACUAUUGUUGUCUGCUUUAGAGGAACUGAGCCGUUUAACGCAGAUGAUUGGUGUUCGGACGUCGAUAUCUCUUGGUACGAAUUCCCUAACAUUGGAAAGAUUCAUAGUGGAUUCUUGAAAGCCUUAGGCAUGCAGAAAAUUGUAGGUUGGCCAAAUGUAGUUGUGCCAGAUCUAACCCGCAAAGCACCAUUAGCUUACUACGACAUAAGGGAUAAGUUGAGAGACCUUUUGACCAAAAAUCCUCAAGCAAAAUUUAUAGUAACGGGCCACAGUUUGGGUGGUGCCCUAGCAGUUCUGUUCCCAGCAAUUGUGUUUUACCAUAACGACACGUUGCUGCUGGAGAGAAUGGAAGGAGUUUACACUUUUGGGCAACCUAGAGUCGGAGAUGAGAUGUUUGGGAAUUACAUGGAGAAGAAUUUGAACAAGAAUGGAAUUGAAUAUUACAGAUAUGUUUACUGUAAUGAUAUUGUUCCGAGGGUUCCAUCUGAUAACAAUAGUCUUUUGUUCAAGCACUUUGGCUCCUGCGUCUACUACAACAGCAAAAAGAUUGUUGACGAAGUACCAUACAAGAACUACUUCUCAAUUUGGGCCUUUUUCCCCAUGCUAAAAAAUGCUAUAUAUGAGGUGAUAAGAAGUUUCACUAUAGCCAAGCAGAGGGGACCAGAUUACAAAGAAGGGUGGGUGAUGUUUGGUGUGAGACUAUUUGGAUUGGUGAUCCCUGGUAUACCAGCUCAUUGCCCCCAGGAUUAUGUUAACUCCACCCGUCUAGGAGCCCCAGAUGAUGUUCUAUUUCUUCCCUGCCACGAGAAAAAAACCAGUCACGAACUGCGCCUGCUAGUCCUGAAUUAACAAGUCUUGUGGCCUGUCCUUCAAUAAAAUAUUUAGGCCUACCAGACUUGGGAUUUGGGAGUUGAUUUGCAUUAUGGAGAUUUCAAUAAAAAUAACUGGAAGGUAUACGCUUGCCACCAGUAGCACCUUUGUAACUAAAUUAAUGUUGUCGCUGUUAAAGCUUUUCAAGUUAUAUGUGUUUGGAUCGAUGUUUGUGAUAAUAAUAUAAAAUGUUUUCAUUCGCUUUCACAACAUGGAAGAUUGAAGUUUGAGCUUCAAGACUGUUGCUUCCAGGAGUAAAGUUGAAUGGCCAA